GUAAUUGACAGGGACCGAAGUCGGUGUCUGGCCCCAGAGCUAGGAGCAAAAAUAAAAAUUUCAACCCGCAAACCGGUGAACCUGUAUAAAGAGUCAACCGCAUUUCCAGCACCUCCCCAACAAACCAUCUCCACUCAAUUCACAUCAUCAUGUCCUCCCGAACCUUCUCCAGGGCUCUUCGCUCGCCGUUGGGCCGCCAAUUGGCCUCGCCUGCCGUUCAGAGGCGCACCUUCGUCUCUGCCCUGAACGCUGUUCGGGCCACCGCCGUUUCUGGUCGUGCUACUGUGUCGGUCCCUGCCCAGCAGACCCGCGGUGUCAAGACCAUCGACUUCGCCGGCUCGAAGGAGGAGGUUUAUGAGCGUGAGGACUGGCCCAAGGAGAAGCUCUUGGAUUACUUCAAGAAUGAUACCCUCGCUCUGAUCGGCUACGGCUCGCAAGGCCACGGCCAGGGUCUCAACCUCCGUGACAACGGCCUCAACGUGAUCAUUGGUGUCCGGAAGAGUGGCAAGUCGUGGAAGGAUGCCGAGCAGGACGGCUGGGUCGCCGGAAAGAACCUCUUCGAGGUCGACGAGGCCAUCUCCCGCGGCACCAUCAUCAUGAACCUUCUCAGCGAUGCCGCCCAGAGCGAGACAUGGCCCGCCAUCAAGCCGCAGAUCACCGAGGGAAAGACUCUGUACUUCUCCCACGGCUUCUCGCCCGUCUUCAAGGAUCUCACCAACGUCGACGUCCCCACCAACGUCGACGUUAUCCUCGUCGCUCCCAAGGGUUCCGGCCGGACUGUCCGGUCUCUCUUCCGCGAGGGCCGUGGCAUCAACUCGUCGGUCGCCGUCUACCAGGACGUCACCGGCAAGGCCGAGGAGAAGGCCGUCGCCUUGGGUGUUGCCGUCGGCAGUGGUUACCUCUACAAGACCACCUUCGAGAAGGAGGUCUACUCGGACCUGUACGGUGAGCGCGGCUGCCUGAUGGGCGGCAUCCACGGCAUGUUCCUCGCCCAGUACGAGGUCCUCCGCGAGCGCGGCCACAGCCCCAGCGAGGCCUUCAACGAGACCGUCGAGGAGGCCACCCAGAGUCUCUACCCGCUCAUCGGCGCCAACGGCAUGGACUGGAUGUACGAGGCCUGCUCCACCACCGCCCGCCGCGGCGCCAUCGACUGGACCCCGCGGUUCAAGGAUGCCCUGAAGCCCGUCUUCAACCAGCUGUACGACUCGGUCAAGAACGGCGAGGAGACGAAGCGGUCGCUCGAGUACAACAGCCAGCCGGACUACCGUGCCAGGUACGACGCCGAGAUGGAGGAGAUCCGCAACAUGGAGAUCUGGAGGGCAGGCAAAGCUGUCCGUGGCCUCCGCCCCGAGAACCAGAAAUAAGCGACCCUGGGGGGCGUUUUUAAAUAUGGAACGGUGAAUUGAGCUCGCAGUUAAUCACGGGGAACUUUGGCGUGUACUUGUAUUCUAGAUUCUCGGUCGGGAGAAUCUGGGCCUUUGGCACCAAAAAGUCUUUGCGUUUGACAUGGAUGGCCCUUCGGUUUGCUUCUGGCUUGAGGAGGAUCAUCGCUUUCAUACUACCAUAACCUACCUACUUUCGUCAUCAGAUUCCCUAACCUAUCUAUCUCUACCUAUCUUUGGGAUGCCAAAUUCAAGCUGCUUCUACUCUCCGUUAUCGGACGGCCCCUCAUUCCGCCAUCUCAUGUGAAGCUCUAUUCUGCUUAGGUACUCAAAUCGUUAACUGCCCGUCCAAUCUUCAAAAUUUUUAGCC